GGCGAUGCUGAGGCUGGGAUGACAGAGGAGGAGGUGCAGCCGCUCCUCCGGCGCGCGGACACACAAGUUAUGGCCCGGCGGUCCACGAGGGAGACACGCAGCAAUCCACCUCCAACAGGUCCCGCACUGACGCUUUCAGAGAGGAGCAGGCAGGGAGCGACAGACCCCCCCAGACUGCCCGUCAGCUCCGAGUGACUGGACCCCCCCGGCACAGAAGCGGGACAGCGGAGACGGGAACUGCGCCCGCACAAAGUGGUUGCAUCUGCCUGCCCCCCUCCUCCCCCCUCCUCCUCCAAAUUGAGCAAAGAAGCGCAAUGCAUCAGUCCUGCCGAGCGGAGAGAACUGUCCCACAGCGAGUCACGGUGUAAAGCUGAUCUGGAUGCAGCCGUAGUUCAUCGCCCGCCCUGAGAAUGACACUCAGAAAAUAGACUUCUGAGUUCUCUCCGCACCCUCAGUGCCUUCAAGCAAAUCACCAAGACGGCAUUUCAGUGAAACACAGGCCAUCAUGAAUCUGUUCAGGAAAGAUCCCAUGACCACAAAGAAGGAGAAGGAGAAAGAAAUUCAGUAUGAGGACCCUCCUGAUGGAGGGUGGGGCUGGAUGGUUGUGCUGCAUUGUUUCCUGGUGAAUGUACUCGUGAUGGGAACAUUAAAAAGCUUUGGAAUCUUCUUUGUGGCCUUUCAAGAUGAGUUUGGAGGCUCAUCAGAAAGCAUCAGCUGGAUAGGUUCAAUCAUGUCUAGUCUACGUCUGUCUGGAGCUCCAAUUGCCUCCGUGGCUUGUGCCAAGAUGGGAACAAGAGUUACUUCCAUCACUGGGGCGGUGCUGGUUAGCGGGGGCUUCAUCCUGAGUAUUUUUGCCAGCAGUGUGGUUUUCCUCUAUAUCAGCAUGGGAGUGAUAGUUGGAAUGGGUUUUGCUCUACUGUACCAAUCCUUCUCGGUGGUAACAGCAUUGUACUUCAGAAAAAGAUUGGCAACAGCGUAUGCUAUUGGGCGUUCUGGCAUGGGUUUGACCUUCGCCCUAGCUCCAUUCACUCAGCUGCUUCUGGAUCAGUACGCUUGGCAAGGGGCAAUGCUGAUUCUUGGAGGUCUCAUGCUGAAUCUUGUUGCUUCUGGGAUGCUUCUGCGGCCCAUCAGCGUAAAGCCACCUGGUUCAAACCUCAACUCUUCAGCCGUCCAAAAGAGCCCUGCUGUUUCCAUCAAGAGUUCUGCAGAGACGGAAUACCCUAAGAGCUGCUUGAACGGUUCAUCACCUUUAUCCAAUGGACUCUCCAAACCAAACGUUCUCCCACCCUCUCCCCCACCUCAUGGGGACACUGAGAGUCUGAGAGGGCAAUGUAUUCAGGGUCAGGCACUGAACUCUGAACUGACCAGACUGGUUCUGAAUGGUGUCAAUGGUCACGAGCCUCACCAUGACUCAACUCAGUGUAAGCCCACAACUCCCAGCAGCCCAGCAGAGCUAAACGGUAGCAUGAAUGGGUCCACCACGGUGGGAUUUACUUCACAUGCCAGCCUGCCGAAUGAGGUGACAGUCAGAGAAGCCAAAGUCUUGGAUUUUUCUUUGCUAAAGAACCCCUUCUUUUGCAUCUACACUUGGUCCUUGGUCUUCAGUCAGCUGGCUUACUUCAUCCCCUACUUCCACCUGUCUGCCAGGGCCAGAACUCUGGGCAUCGAUGCUAUGGAUGCUUCUUUUAUCAUCUCUGUGGCAGGUAUCACAGAGACCAUCGCCCAGUUGGCCUCGGGGUGGGUGACGGACAGGAACCUGUUCCAUAAAUAUCAUUACCACAAAGCCUACCUGAUCCUCUGUGGUUUGGUCAACCUGCUGUCCCCGCUGGCAACAUCAUAUAUACUGCUGAUGGUGUACGCUGUCUUCUUCGCUAUCUUCUGCGGCGGAUACAUGGCUCUGCUGCUGCCCGUUCUGGUUGAUCUCGUCGGCUCGGAGAAACUCAAUAACUCCAUGGGCUUCUCCAUGUUCUUUGUGGGCUUGGGUUGCCUAACAGGGCCUCCUUUGGCAGGGUUCCUGUACGACUACACGCAGACGUAUGACUGUUCCUUCUACCUGGCGGGCCUCUGCUAUCUCCUCUCCUCCCUCUCUUUGUUCAUGGAGCCGCUCGCUCAGCGCUGGAAGGCCAGGAAAAAACUAUGCCAGAACAAGGAGGCAGAAAGCGGCUGCAAGAUCAACGGCUGCUUCACCCCUGACCACCUACAGAACGGCACUGUGUAGGAAUGAAAAGUGGGUUUAAAUACGCUGACCUGGAUCCAACAUGCUGAAGAUCACAGGCCCUCAAACCUUGCACUCUGGACUCAAGCCUGAAAUGGGGGGCCUUGGCUGGUAUUUCAGCAAGCAAGCAAUACAGUAACACAAGAACA